CCGGAGAAGGCGCUCGGAAGCGGCGGCGGGGAGCGGUGCACGGCGGGGCGGCAGCGCCUGCGGCUCCGGGGACAUGGCCAGCACCGCGCUCGUGCCCUGGGCGCUGCUCUGGCUGCUGGCGGCGGUGGGUUCGGCCGCCCGGGCGCGGACGCGCCGGGAGUUGUCCCCCGGUUUGUACGAGCACGGGGUGUUCGAUGCCGGCGGGUCCUACUGCCAACGCGGGGAUGUCUGCUGCCGCGGGCGCGACGACGGCUGCACCGUGCCCUACCUCGACACCAUCUGCUACUGCGACCUCUUCUGCAACCGCACCGUCUCCGACUGCUGCCCCGACUUCUGGGAGUACUGCCUGGGCAUCCCGGCCCCGUUCCCUAAAGCUCCAGGCUGCGCUCGCUCCGGUCGCACUUAUCCCAGCGGGGCCACGUACCGGGACAACUGCAACCUGUGCACCUGCAGUCCUGGAGGGCAGUGGCAGUGUGAGGAGCACGCCUGCCUCAUGGAUGGGGACCUCAUCGAUGCCGUCAACAAGGGAAAUUAUGGGUGGAGAGCAGCCAACUAUAGCCAGUUUUGGGGCAUGACACUGGAGGAGGGGAUGCGCUACCGCCUGGGCACCUUCCGGCCACCCCCCACCGUCAUGAACAUGAAUGAGAUGCACAUGGCCAUGGACUCCAAUGAGGUGCUGCCCCGCCACUUUGAUGCAGCCACCAAAUGGCCUGGGAUGAUCCACGAGCCCCUGGACCAGGGCAACUGUGCUGGCUCCUGGGCCUUCUCCACGGCAGCCGUCGCCUCCGACCGUAUUUCCAUCCAUUCCAUGGGGCACAUGACGCCCUCCCUGUCACCCCAAAACCUCCUGUCCUGUGACACACGCAACCAGCGGGGCUGCAGCGGGGGGCGGCUGGAUGGAGCCUGGUGGUACCUGCGCAGGAGGGGGGUGGUGACAGAUGAGUGCUACCCCUUCACCAGUCAGGAGAGCCAACCUGCUGCACAGCCCUGCAUGAUGCACAGCCGCUCCACAGGCCGGGGCAAGAGGCAGGCCACAGCACGCUGCCCCAACCCCCAGAGCCACGGCAAUGAGAUCUACCAGUCCACCCCUGCCUACCGCCUGGCCCCCAGUGAGAAGGAAAUCAUGAAGGAGCUGAUGGAGAACGGCCCUGUGCAAGCCAUCCUGGAGGUGCACGAGGAUUUUUUCCUGUACAAGAGUGGGAUCUAUCAGCACACACCAGUGGCUGAGGGAAAGGGGCCGAAGCACCAGCAGCAUGGCACACACUCAGUGAAAAUCACAGGGUGGGGUGAGGAGCAGCUGCCCGACGGCCAGAUCCAAAAAUACUGGACCGCGGCCAAUUCGUGGGGCAGAGCGUGGGGUGAGGACGGGCAUUUCCGCAUCGCACGCGGCGUCAACGAGUGUGAGGUGGAGAGCUUCGUGGUGGGCGUGUGGGGCCGCGUCAGCGUGGAGGACAUGCCCCAUAAGUGAGCGCAGCCCCACGGCGCUGUCCUUGUCCCUGCCCUACACCGCAGCCCCCCCCGGCCCCAUCCCCAGCGGGGCACCCCGGGUCGGACCCCUCGUGCCGCCGGGUGCUGACGCAGCGGCCGGGUGCAUUGGGCCGUGCGUGGGGCGUGGGGCCGGGGCGGGGGGCAUCGCAGUGCCUGCGGGACGGAGGAUUUACUCACUAAUCCAGCCCGGGCUCAGCCGGCUUUGUUGGCAGCCGGGGGCUCUUUAAAGGCAGCCACCCCUGCCCGGGGUGUCUGAGCCCCCCUGGUCGUGGCCGUAGGGCAGGAGCUGCUGUACGAACCCCCAGGCACAGCACAGCUCCUACAGCCCCUAUGGAGCUUUAGGGAGUAAAAUGCCGUGGCACCGGGGGGAGGGAGAGGGAGGGUUUAUCUGAGUCCCCAAAGAUGGAGGAGCCCAGGGCUGGGUGCUACCAGAUAAGGAUGAAGUCCCUGCAGCUCCCUCCCACCCGUCCCCAUGGUGCUAAGACCCCGGUGCAGGGAAAUGGCCCCUGCAACCAGCCCUGGGGUCUCUACGCCCCCCCGUGUCCCCACUCCUGCCACAGGACUGCAGGAGGACUCAGCCCCACUGUGUCCCCCUCUGUGCCAUGGGGCCGCAGGAGGGACUGGAGCUGCCGCACAGCCUCACCUAACCUGCAUCCCCCCCACCAGGCUCUACUUUUAAGACUUUUUUUGUAUUUAUUUUGCUUUUUAUUAUUUGUAAAUAAAACUCCUGGAAGUCUCCUCCUGCCCAUGCAGUGCUGCUCCUUCCCACACCCUGGGUGUGGGUGCAUGGCCCUGCUGCCCCAAGAGCCCCAUCCUUAUGUGAGCAGGCUGAGCCCCCCCCCUCCAUCCUGGACCGGGGUCAGCACCUGGAAGGGCUGCGCAGGGCUGAUAAGGAGCACAUUGUCUGCUUUCCUGUUUUGUCAGCACAGUGUGACCUCAGCCACGGGCUGGAGGGGCUGUGGGCAGGCGCAGAUGUACGGCCACCACGGCAUCCCUGUGCUGGGAUAAGUGGGGGUAAGGCUGCAGGAGAGGGGAUGUGGGAGGGUUGGGUUUGAGGAGGGCACCAGCAGCUUCAGGGGGGAGGUGGGGGCUGCCCUCAGCCUUGUACCCUUGUGCCAUGCUAUUCCUGUGCUCAGGUCUGUACCCAUGUCACAGAAUCACAGGGGUGGAAGGGACCUCUGCAGAUCAGCUCCUCCAGCCCCCUGCUAAGGCAGGUUCACCUCCAUCAGUAUUAACAGCAUUGGCCCUUUAAAACUAUUUUUAAAACAUUUUUUUUAAAUGAUCAUUUGCAAUGUGGAAAGGUCACGGUCUGAGAUCUUUUGUGCAGCUCAAAGUUGCACAAAUAAUCUGGAAAUCAAACCUUUUAAAGAUGAAAAAGUGCAGUUUCAGCCCUGCUCUCAGACAUUGAGUUCAUUUCUGCAGUGCCCACAUCCAUCCCAUGCCCAUAUCCCUACCUGCACCCACACCCCGCCAUGCCCAUGCUGGUAUCCACACCUCCACUCACACCUUUCCCACUGCCCAGCUCAGGGGGGGUACUGGGAUCCUGCACCCCUUCAGCUCAGCACCCAAACGUGGCACCCAUGCAGCUUCACCACACCCUGAGCUCAUGGGGAGCAGAGCAGGCCCUCAGCAUUGCUUUGGCUCCUUGGCUGAACAUUUCUAUUUGCAUUUUCUCCGUUUUACUCUUUCUUUCCUGCUUUCGGCUCUGAGCUCUGGCUGUGCCCCAACAUGGAGUGGGGCGGCACCUGCUGGCUGCAGCCUGCCCUACAGCCAAUGUAUGCAUCACCAUAUAUAAACGCACAGAGCUCUAUGUAAACAUCUGUCCCCAUAUACACACCAACCCUUAUACAUAUAUGCAGAUACAUAAACGUAUGGAGACAGGAGGUGUGGAUGCUCACACACACACCCUGCUGUGUGCCUGCUGCCAGCUGGCCAGAGCUGAAAUGGCACAAAAGUCAGCUCCAAAAAUAGAGCAGAAAUGGCUUUACUCACCAGAAUACAACUCCAAAUAUUUUUGGAAUUGUUAUUGGUACUCAGAAAGUCCCACCUGGGGCCAAAGCUGAGAAAAAUAACAGUUUUGUUAUUUCUCCUAAAAGCAUCAGAUAACGUUUUUAACUCUUCCAUAAAAAGUCCUCUACCCCACAAAAGAAACACAGCCUUCACAAAACAUCCAGUGUACUUCUCAUGAAGGCCAACUACAAGAAUAACUACAAACAUCAUUUUAGAAGCACAGGGAAGAAAAAAAAAACAAGCAAACCUUUUCA